UACAUGUAUACAUUUAUUUUUACUUAAAAGUAUCAAAUCAAAUGGCAUCAACUGAUUAUAUGACAUAUGGUUUUGCAUUAACUGUUAUAUUUGGUGGUGUAAUUGGGUUCCUUAAAGCAGGCAGUUUCCCAUCAUUAAUUGCAGGUGUUUUGUUUGGAGGAUUAAUUGCUUUUGGAGCUACUCAGACUUCGCAAAAUCCUAAAAAUAUUUUAGUUGUUUUGGUUGUAAGCAUAAUCUUAAUGAUUGUUAUGGGAACACGAUUUUAUAAAAGUGGAAAGUUUAUGCCAGCUGGAUUGGUUUUUGUUUUGAGCAUCCUGAACAUUUGUCGUCAUUUAUACAAUUAUAAAUGGAAAUAGCAAAUCUGGUAAAGUUGGUCAAAAUUCACAAACUGUUGAAGUUUAUGAAAUAGUCUGUUUAAUUCUUGUGUUGCCUUCAGUUGCUAUGGCAACUUAAUUUUUUUGUUUUACUGUUUUGUAAAUUAUUUACUUUUUUGUUUUGUAUAAAAAUUAAAUGUUAUUA